AUGUUCUGCGCUAUUCCCAUCUAUCCAUCGGAAUAUCUGUCGACAGCCGUUGUGGACCCCUACAACGCUCUUCUGCACAGUGGCUUCAACAUUCCCUACAGCAACCUUGUUGUCAUGUUGGACAACCACGCCAUCAUGCAGCUUCUGUCUAGGCAUCUGCAAAUGGAGAAACCCACCUUCCUCUUCCUCAAUCGCAUGUACUCCCAGAUAUGCAGCUGUCUAUUCUGCGGUUUCCACUUUAACGCCGACCCCACUUGUGGAUCCCUGGAGGAGUUGGCCACCAACCUCGUGCCCUAUCCGCAACUGCACUUCACUUUCGUGCGCUAUGCACCGAUCGUGGGCCUACGACGCAACGGUUUCCAUGCCAGCGUCAAUCCUGCCCAGGAUCUCACAAGGGCCGUACUUGAUCCCAAUUAUUCC